GGUAAGCCUUUCGAGUCGCAGUUGUUAACAGCUAGACUGAGUCCCCUCGGCCAACCUGUCUGUAUGUAUGUGUCUGUUAUAUCCAAAAGGGAGGUUUCCCAACCCACAGCUUACGGAAUGAUGUGAUGUCUAAAAUCGCCGCGAGUGUCGCUUGCGCUCCUUCUUAAUAGCGUGACUCGAAACAGAACCGGAUAGGGGCACUCUAGUUGUAGUAGUAAUACCACUUAAUGAGAUUUGCGUUUCCAAUGCGCAUGUACUCAAGGACAUGCUAUGAGCGGGCAGAUUACUUUGCUUUACGUGACGUUCAGCCUACGAUGGAAUGGACAGACAGUGCCGUUAAAUUACGGUGCAUUGACUAUUUGCUCUAUUUGAUGCCAUCAAAUCUUGUGGCAUGAACAAGUAACAGAAGACGUAGACAACGUUAGACAGACAUUACGACGUCACCCAAAGAGGGGACAACCGGGACCAGACAGUUUUUCUCCAGCAGUUGUUUCCUGCACGUGCAACAACUAUAUCGGCUGCCCUUCAACAAAGCAAUACGUCAAAAGAAUCAGGUCGCUAAACAUAACAGGUAUACGGUCAGUCAACAGACCCCCGCCGAAAAGACCGGAGCAGAUGAUCAUCAUCUUGGUGCGCGGAGGGCCAACUGUUCAUCUGAUUCUAAUAGCAUUCGCGCACCCUGUAUUGCUUUCCUGCUUAGGUCAAUUUCUACGCCAGGAAUUUAGUAGCGUUUCUUGUAAUUUUGGAAAACUCCUCAAGUGCUGAGGCUGGUGUACGUAAACAUACGUACGUAAACAUGGGGAUUAGCGAUUUUUGUAGCAUAGCAUGAACGACUACAAAGGCUACUGCAAGGUAUUGGAAUGCAUGCCUAGGUUAUAGGUUAGCAAAAUUAACGGAUUGUGCAGGGCUGUGGGUUGGCAGUGUGAUAGAAGAAACACACAGCUAGAGAAGAGAGGGUGAUAAUAAAAAGCGAAAAAAUAUAAUUGGACAGCCAUCUAUCAAACACAGGACAACAUGGUAUCCACAUCAGACGCUGCGAUAUUUUACGAAAUCCAGACCCCGCUCAUGGGAACAACCGGAUCGAUAUGGUGCGAUCUCUACGGACCUUUCGAGGUGGGCGGCUGGCGGGCAGUUGGACCAUUUAUUUUGCGUCAGCGAGAUGCCGCCAAUCGUUGGGGACAGCGUAAGCUCUCAUGUGUCCAUGCCCGUAGCAAGCUUAACCCAUGUAAAGCCUUCGUACGAAUCGAUAAGGAUGGGAAGUUCCUGGGAAGGCGGCACAUUCACAAUCAUAUCCCUGAGCGUGAUGUACCACCCCCCAUAGGUCAUGUAGCUCUUCCGGCGGCACCGUCAUUCGAACAGAUCAUGGCAACGGUCACCCCAGAAGAUCAAGUAAUGCGAGCGUUUCGAAAGCGAAAAUUAGAACGCUUCUCAACCAAAAUGCCCCGACUGGAUCCUGAGUCAGGGGAAAUUCGUGAAGUGGACAUCACUGAAGCAAAUGCCCUUGAAAUUAGCCAAAUGGCAGAGAUGCUGGAGGCGCCUGAUGGCAAGAAGGUUUGGCGUUGUCCGGUACCAGGCUGUGCACGAACCAUGGCGCGUCGAGUGCCAUAUAUGGAAAAGCAUGUGAGGCACGCACACGUACAGGGGGUCCUUGCAGGAGCGAUCUGUCCGUCGAGAGUGCGCGAAAAACUCUGUCCCCUUUGUCGACUGGAUCAGGGCAGCCACCAGCGCUUACUUACCCAUAUCGUUGAGGACCACGACACCAGGCUGGAAUGCACCGAGCAUGAAUUUAGCUCAGUAUCGCAUUACGAGGAAUGGAAGGAGCGUGCCAUGCGUGAGGCGAAAUGCUUCCUACGUCUAGCGAGUCACAAAAGCAAGCUUCCUGCUGGAACAUUUGUUUGCUGCAAAGCGGGACGCACGCGUCGACCAGAGGUAGCAGUAAAUCGUUCCCGUCUAUUGGGCUUUGAGUGUCCGGCUUCAAUGAUUGUUGAUUUGAACGAUACUGGUCAUGUAUUCGUAAAAUUUUGGCGGACACACAUUGGACACGCACCACACGUCCUUGAUGUCAGGUGUACUGCAGCAACACAUCUUUUUAUCCGCCAGUGUCUGGAUCAAAAUUGGACUUACGGCCAAGUGGCAGCUGAGGCCUGUAAAGAUUACUUCGGAGGUGAAAUCCAACGAGACCAACUACUUAACUAUCAGGACUUACGAAAUGCCAAGAAAAGACUGAAGCUACCCGCAUGGCUACCGAAUAGCGAGCCAAAGGGGCUAAUAGGCACCAUGGGAAGGGUCCAAUUCCGCCGCCUCACGUUGGUGAAGACAAUACGAGCCAUUCUUGAGCACGGGACAAAUAAUGAGACCAGAGUUGUCACAGAUGCCCAUGAACCGUAUAAUGGUACCUGGCAAGAGUUACCUGGCCCGCGAUAUAUUUUCUCCAAUCUAGAGGGCCGAACAAUCGCCGUUGUAUUUCCCAGAAGAUCGGCACAUACUUACUGCGAAUACCGCUGUACUCACUGUGAGGUGUGUGUUCACAGAUAUGGUUGUACGUGUGAACAAUUUCUAAGUGAGCUGCGCAUGUGUCGACAUAUUCACGCCGUUGCGCAAAGACUCGGAGCUCCGAAAGAAGAUCCGGGCCUUAUCGAGGAAGGCCCUUCCGAUAACCUCGGCUACGACGAAGCGCUUUGGGUUCUCGCUCGGCUAAACUACGAAGAAAAGCUAAAAGAGAUAAUUUUAUUGGUCGACCAGUUAGCCCAUUUAAUUAAGGGCCGUCACCAUGUCGAGUUAGAUCGACUCGAAGACCACAUCCGAAGUGCAAUUGAAGUUUUACGAUCCUCGGAACCUGUGAGAGAAAGUGUCGAAGACGAGGCACGCACCGUCCUUGCGAAUGUCUCGGAACAACUCAAUCGCGUUGAACAGGAGCGAAAAGAUGAAAAAAGAGUAGUCCAAGAAGAAACAGACGCACUAAACACCGCCAAAACAGCAUCAAAAAUGAAUGGUGGCUUAGAAACGGAAGUCUACCAGGCUGCGAGGCCGGCCACUGUAGCGGAUAUCACGCUCAAGGAUGAAUGUGAUAAGAACAGCAGCCACAUUCGUCAAAGCCGUAAGGCAUCCAGCCAAGCGAUGGCAACGAUCCUGUCACUGCGAGAUCAGCCACGUUACGUGAUGCGGCGAAGCUUUUACACGCAUCUGCCGAAAAGGGGCCGGGCUCGAAAAUACUUGUUAGCAGGAGGAUCUCGGUUAUCUACCGGCGGUCUCAUUCGGCACGUCACGUAUAGAAGAACGCCACUCGUUUCAUCGGUACAGCGCCAAGUAGGGCCCACCGUGCGUGCAGAAGUAGUUAGUGCCAACUUCAACCCAAAAGUUCGCGACGAAAUUGAUAUCACCGCAUCAGUUAAGCUGGGACCCACGGUUACGGCCUCUGUUGUUGGAGUAAGCGGCAGCAAAGCGGCUCAAAAUGGGUCAGCUCGUCAUUCUCGCGACAAAAACGAAUGCGAUGGACUUGGAAAAGAUAUAGUUGAAACCGAUAUGGUUCUUUCUCCCAAGGCGGAGAUAAAAACGGAGGUUACUGAGACAGAAGAGUUAAAUCAUGAUCCCCAUUCAAAUGUGAAGGUAAAAAUUAAAGUGAUAACCAGUGAAGAUGAUAAUGCCUUGGCUGCGCCACCUAAUAAAAUUUCUCGAUUCGACAGCAACGUCCACAGCGACGUUCAGAAGAUCACAGCGCCAACAACAAAUACUUAUAUGAUAGGAGCUCCUGUAGGUAAAACGGUGGAGAAAAAUCCGCCAGAACCAUUAUCACGGGCACCAUUCACUGGAAAAGUCUCAGCAGCCUCUAAUAAUGAGAAGCGUUUCGAAGAAAAACAACAUAGUAAAACUGCAGUAUGGCCCUUGGACGGCCAGAAGAGGUCCGAAGUUAGAAUUGCACAUCGAACGAGGUCAAGUACUAUGACAGUACCCAAGAACAGCUUUGCCAUAACAGCAGCUCCGACCCUCAAGAAAAAAACGAUCUCCUGGAGCAUCGCCACGCCCAAGCCAUCGACACCAUCAAUUUCAUCUGAACCUUAUAUCCAUCAAACUGCUAAAACUGAGAAAAAUGUCCAGUGGAACGUAGCUAAUGCAAGGAAUAUCUGGCCAGGAACAUCGAGCGCAUCCACGCCUACCUCGGUUGCUUCAGAAUCAUGUUCCGGAUUUGCUCUGGCAUCAGCGUGUGCCUCAGAGAAGAUCUAUAUCCCAGCAUCCACGUCCUCGAUGCGUCAAAGAUCGAAGAUUCUCAUACAGCCGUCGACGGAAUCCGUGACAAGCUCUGCGUCGUCUAUGUCUUUAUCGGCGUCAACGGCUACAAAGAAGAUCUUCAUACCGGCGUCAUCUGUGAUAGGUGGAGGCGCAAGGCCACUGAAGCUGCAUGUACCUCGCUCAGCACUUAAAAACGCGACUGCGCUCUAUAUCGAAACGCCAACAGAGAACCGCGAAGGUGUAGUUUUUAAUGCAGAUGAUUGUCGGCCCAAGAUGGUGCGGAAAGUAAUCAAAAUCAUCCGACGGUCCGGUGACGCUAGUAAUAAUCAGAAAGCAGCUAAAACGGAGACGGCUCUAACGGCAGCCCCUAAUGAACUAAACGUCGUCUUGCGUCGAAAAUCACUUCAAAAUACUGCAUUUAAACAACAACAAGUUUUAUCCACCCCUGGAGGUAGUCGGUGCUUGGAUAAAGAAGAAGAGUGUUCGAUUGAUUGUUCGUUAUCGCCAACGACGUCCUUGGAAGUGGAUGCAGCUGCGAAGGUCAGUUCAGCAAGUAAGGGGGCAUCCGAGAGUCACACGGCAAAGGCGGAUUAUGAAGGCACUCUAAACGAUUCAGAGCUAAAUAUAGGGCAAGUUAUGCGGACGAUGUUUGAGCAGGAUCAGUGAACUAAGGUGACACAAAUGAUAUUAGGAGGAGGUGAAUUUAAAUGAAUGCAAAAAGCAAAGAUAGGAUGACAACUAACUUUAAUUAGCCCGUGAAUGGCCUCAACCGUGUUUGAUUUGUAAGAGGCCUAGGAGUUGCGCAAUAUUUAUUGAUUUUUUGAAAGUGGUUUAGCGGUCUCAAAGGAUGUUUAAAAGCCGUGCUUAAUGGCGUAGCGUAGCGUGCGUCAUCCUGGAACCGACAACCGAUGGAUUUGCGUUCCUUCGGAUUUUAUCUGUUUAGUUGACUUGCUGAAAAACAUGACAAUAAUAAACAUUAAUAUCUAAUAACUAUGAAAUCAUACAUUUUACGUACACACAUGUCUUCGACCCAAAACAGUGUUUGCCGCGUAUGACUUCAAAUAAAGGCAUUUUUCUCAAUA